UUGCUGAUGCUAGAAGGCACCGGUGAAGAAGGCAAAGCGUCAUACAAGAUUACAAUCACAGGAGAAGAAGAACAGUCGAAGGUAGAUUCUGAGACAGGGCGAGAUCUGGACGAAGCUCCAGGUAUGUUCUAACUCCUUUGAUGUAUGUAUUCCGAAGAACACUCUUAGAUAGAUGAUCAUGUUUGUUGUAUUGUACCCAACUAUAUAUACCUUACUCCAGUGUAGUGAUCGAGUUAAGAGUCUGCUGAUACCGAAAAUGGAGAUGGAUAGAAUUAGCAGUUUACCAAAUGAUGUCACAGAAAAGAUUUUGUCAUGUAUGCCGCUUAGGGACGCAGUGAGGACAAGUGUUUUAUCCAGCAAGUGGAGGUACAAGUCGGCCAUGCUUCAAGAUCUAGAAUUUGAUGAGUGUGUCUGGAGAAGAAGCCAAGAUUGGGAGUUUCAUGAUGAUGAUUAUCAAAUCCACACCUUUGGGAACAUGAUUGAUCAUGUGCUCUUAGUUCAUAUUGUCCCCAUACGCAAGUUCAAGCUAUGCUGUACUAUGGAUGAGGUAGCCACUAGAGAUAUUGAUCGAUGGAUGACCCAUCUAUCAAGAAACUCUAUCAAAGAGUUGACAAUUAAGCUUUGGGUAGACCAUGAAUACAACAUUCCAUUCUCUCUGUUUUCAUGUCAAGGUCUUUCUCACUUAGAGUUACUCAAGUGUUUGCUCAAACCUCCGUCAACCUUCAAAGGGUUCAAGAGUUUGAAGAGUCUUCAACUCCACGCUGUUGACGUGGCCCAAGAUGCGUUUGAUAAUUUGGUUCGUUGCAGUCCUCUGCUUGAGAGAUUAACAUUGCGAUAUUGUGACGGUGUCACCAAUCUCAUAAUUGAUGCACCAAAUCUCCAAUAUGUGCACGUUUUAGGUGUCUUUAAUGUCAUUAACCUUGAGAAUGCUUCAAGUAUUACUGAGGCUGAAAUUUGUAUGAUCAUCCAUAAUGACGAAAUAGGGGUUCCUGCCAGUUGGAUCCCUGCUUGCAAUUCUAGCAAUUUGCUCAAGAUCUUUGAUCACCUACCUCAUAUUCGAAGGCUUGGAAUUAAGUGGCGCUUUUUAGAGUAUUUGUCUCUGGGCUCUUUGCCAGAAAAGCUCGAUAAACCAUGUCAAUAUCUGAACGCUCUUUCUAUAGACAUAUGCUUCGACGAUCCGGAUGCAAUUCCAACUGCUCUAUGCCUUCUGAGAAGCUCCCCUGCAUUACAAGAGUUAGAAAUUGUGAUGGAUCGGAGAGAGAAACUCGAAAGGAUACACUCUGUUGUCGAAGAAGUGAAGUCUUCUUGUUUGGAUGUGAGCUACAAUUGCACACUUUCUCAACUUCGACUUGUGAAAAUAACUGAAAUCUCUGGUGUUAAAGCUGAACUAGAUUUCAUCAGAUUUCUACUUUUAAGUUCACCUCUUCUUGAGAGAAUGACUAUCACGCCUCCUCGAUUUCCUGAGCGUGCUACUGUGGAUGGUUUUCCAAAACUAGUAAAAGAGCUACUCCAGUUUAAACGUGAAUCAAAGCAUGCGGAGAUUAUUCUCCUGGAUCCAUAAUUCAUCAAUGAAUUGAAGCAGCUAAGAGGUUCUAGACUUCUUGUAGAAAUGAAUUUGGCUUGUAGUUUUCCCUUUUGGUACAAGUCUAAAGUGUCUUUAUAUCAAGAAUUCCACUGUCAUUAUUAGUUGAAUUUGCUUAAGAAAUUAUGUAUCAGGUUACAUUUUCUGUCAAGAGUAAUGAAAUGUCCGAACCUAGUAAGAAAAGUUUGGGUGUAGUAGCAGUCUCUUUAAUGUAAUAACAAUGUCGGUUCAUCAUCAGAAACCCUUCUCAGCUUAAAUAGAUGGUUUCAAUGGCUGUGUAUCUUUGACAUGCAAAUAAUUGAUGAGAAGUCAUUGAACA